CCUGUCAGUGUCCAUCAGUGCCAGCUGCCAGUGCCACAUCACAGUGCCUCCUCAUCAGUGCCACCUAUCAGUGUCCAUCAGUGCAGCCUAUCAGUGCCCAUUACUGCAGCCUCAUUAGCGCACAUCAGUGAAGGAGAAAAAUCACUUAUUUACAAAAUUUUACAACAAAAACGAAGAAAUUUUUUUUCAUUUUUUUUUCAAAAUUUUCAGUGUUUUUUUGUUUAAGAAAAAAUAAAAAAAAACCCAGAGGUGAUUAA